AUGCUGCAGCUUGGGGACUUGGCUUCUCCCAUUAGUCGAACUGAGACUUCUUCAGACGUUCGACAAUCAUUUUCUGGGAGCCAUAGUUCGUGUGUGUGUCGGCUAAUCCUCAACGAUUCGGUCAGAAAGCGAGUGUUCGUCUGUGCAACGGGUACUUCCAUUGAAGAAUAUGUCCAGCACCAGAAGCGGUGUUUGUUAGACCAUGUACUGCGCCUGCCAAAUAAUCGUUUACCGAGGAGAGUGCUGUUUUCCUUGCCUGAUUCGGAGUGGCGGAAGCAGGAGCAUUGGUUUCGUGCUGCCGAUGACGAUGAAGUGGUCGGAUAUGCUAUUACAAAAUGCGUGAGAAGCAACUACGGUACUGAACAGUUUUGGUUACCGUACUGGAAGAUUUUGCAUGAGCAAUCUGGUCUUAUACUGGAACUGACUUCAGAUCUCACGUGGUAUUAUCUAAAGAUAUCCGAUUUCAACAUUACUGGCAAGUGACCAUGAUUCGGAUGCCUUCGUCGGAUGACUCUGGCUACUUGUCCACGUAUUAUCACAUCAGUGUGAUACCGUACACUUUCCAAGGGCUGCGCGUGGUGUCCAGACGGUGGAUCAAUGAGUGGUCGGCAUAGCAUUUCUCCUGUCAUGAAAAACGUACCUGGUUUUCGCGGAACUUCCUCUUCUGGUGAACCAAAUCUGGGGUAUGUACCAAACCCUGUUAGAGGUCUCUGGCAAGAACGAGACAGUUACAGACCAAUGACACAACAGUACGACCAAAAGCCACAUAGAAAUGGUACUUCCCAAACCCCAAGUAUGCGGAUUAACUUGGGUUUCAACGACACAAGCUCGUUGGAGUCUAUUUUCGGUCAGCUUGGUUUAAGUCCACCUGGAAGAGCCAAAAUCAACUUACGAGAGCCAUCUGACCGGUCGAUGCCACGUUCCUCGGAGCCCAGAAUUGUCGGAGUAUCACGUAAAAGCUUUGACACUUUGGAUGUGGGAAAAGGAAGGUGCCACGAGCAACAUUUGAAAGUUAGCCCCGAGCUUCUUGCACAACAGAUCACCUUGAUUGAAAUGAAAUUCUUCCAGGCGAUCCAACCUGAGGAACUGACGAGUCUGAAGUGGAACGGCAAAGAGAAGCAGAAACAUGCCCCAAAUAUUGUGGCUUCAACUCGCUGGUUCAAUCAACUGAUAUUCUGGGUCCAAAAGGAUAUUCUCAAUGAAGAAAUGCAAUCAAAGCGUGCCGAAGUGCUUUCACACUUUAUUCGGAUCGCCAAGAAACUGGUCGAUAUGAACAACUACGGCUCCGGUAUGGCCAUCAUUUCUGGACUGCAGGUCCAAUGCGUUCAUCGACUCUCUGCCACAUGGGCUGCCUUGUCAUCACGUGACCGCUCGACUUUUCGGAAAUUGGUUGAGUUAUUCUCACAGGAUCAGAAUUAUACCAAUUUACGCACGGCUGUGGAUAAUGCGCGAUUACCGUGCAUCCCCUAUCUAGGUGUUUACCUCAGCGAUCUCACCUACAUUGAUGUGGCUGCCUCAGCUGCAGCUCAGCAUCAAAACUCCUCGACCGUAUGGAGUCAGCAGGUCAAGCAAGACCGAAUCAACAAUGUGCUCCGUACAAUCGCCAACUUUCAACAAUCUCACUACCCCUUCGCGAUAGAUGAAAAGGUAAUCGCUUAUCUCGAAUCCCAGAGAUAUAUCGAGGAACUGCAGCGAUUUAUUGAGGAUGCGAACUAUAAACUCUCGUUGCGUUUGGAGCCACCAACCUCGGGCGGGUUCUCUACGUCUACAGAAUCCAGCUUCGCACUAUCGACCAGGCACCCUGCCAGUGCUUCUGUUCUCAAGCCAGUUCCUGUUCAACCCUCAACUUCGCCCAUCAAAACUAUCAGUGGUAACGCCGUAUUGCACUGUAACAACGACGAGAAACCACAGUUUGUCAAAAGUGCCACCUCGUCUCCGACUUCACACAAGCUAACACGUCAUCUAGUGGAUUUGUUUGUUCCUCCUCUUCUUCCCCCUCCACCCAAGCAUCCACAUGCUCAUCGUCAACCAGUUAGAGCUCACGAAGCUCCAGUCCCUCUCCAUCCGGGUUCUAACUCUGUCCCUCGCAAUCUUGUUAUGCCAUCACAUCGUCGACUUGGCAGUUGGACAGGCACAAUGACAAGGACGGACUUCGAUCAGAACAGCCCCAUACCGUCGACCCAUCCUGGGAGUUCGAGUGUCUACCAUCUGUCGCCACGGAAUCCUGGCUUUGAAUCGCUCACUCCCAAUUCCUCCUGUUCCACUUCUACCAGUCGUAGUCUAUUGCAUGUCGAAUUCACACUACCGGUUCAACCAGCCUUGUGUCAUUUGUUGGAACAAACGGAUGGACAAAAACCCCUUCAGCCCCUUGGAACGCACAAAGCUCCGAAAAUACUCAGCUGUUCACCGCCUACACCUAACCUGGCAGAUCCAUCGACCGGAGAUUCCGUUGUCCUGCUCCAUCGUUCACGCACAGCGCCUGGAAGUCCAUCGGAAGCUAUGGCGGAGUCUAGUCCAAACGUAAUACAGUCUAAUCAGUUCGCAUCCUCAUCCCUCGUGGUCAACAAGGCCGCGAUGCGCCGAAAAACGGUACUUCCAGAGAAGCAAGGGGUACAAGUUAAAGAUUCCCGCACCAAACCGAACAGAGCGCAGGCUGUACCACGUCAGCCCCUGGAUCCCUGUUCGUCUUCCCAUUCAUUGACCACUGUCCGGACACCCGAUGCAAUCAACAAACGAGAAACUUCAGCUCGCAAACGCGACCAGGUUUCCAGGUGUCCAGACACUCAAACAGGUACACCGGAUGAAGGCGCUUUCCCAACGUAUGCAACCCACGAGAUUUCAAACACUCCGAGAAUUCAGGUGACGGAUAACGACAGUCGUUCAGACGAUGAACGCAUCUGGUCCAACACGAUGUCGCUGGAGCCCGAUUUUUGUCCAAAUUCAACCGAUUCUUGGUUUUCCACUCACACUCCGCUGAUUCGUUCCCGAUAUGCCCCGUCCAGCCCGCCUGUUCCCUCAUACCUGACCAUGGCGGCAUUGGCUGCAGUUCAAGGUAGCAUCACUGAUGACUUGAUUAGAUUGAGUAUGGUAAAUGAUCGUCAGGUUUCAUCCCCACACAAGUCCCAUGGUACACACCACCAUAGAAUGAUCUCUCCCAGUUCACAACCUCCUGUAACUGACUUUUCGUCAACCAAGACUACCUGCUGGGAUGUUCAACUGGCCAACAGAUUGCGCAUUCUCCGAGAGGGUUGCAUUUGUUUCAAACAUUCAUCCAUGUCUACUUACAGGAAAGUGAAAGCGAAGAACCUGCGAGAGUGUUUCGGGAAGACUAACACCGGAGACACAGUAUUCGAGAGUUACGAUGCACUUGCCAUUCUAGAUCAUUCUGAUCACGUCCUUAACAAGCGUGCUCAUGAUCAAUACAUGUCUUUCACAGGACCCACUUUUUCCAACUCGUCGUGGAAUUCGACGUCAAGCUCACUAGUCACUUCCACUCCUUCUCCAUCCACUUCUUUAUCCCAUUCAUCAUCCGGCUCACUUAGCUUCGAUGCUCUUUCACCUCCCAGCUGUCCUUCAAAAUCACCCGUGUCUCACGCACACUCCACGGUCUACUACACCGGUUAUUCCGAUACAAAUCACACGUCUGUCGCCACUCCACUAAACACCCGACGUCACAAACGUGUCCACAGCACCUGUCUUGGCCCGACUUGGGUUGGUGAAUCGUCAGAAAGUGAAAAGACGGUCGCCACCACCACUAUCUCAGAUGGCUUUCUUCAUCGUUGGCGGCACCAUCGUGUAAAAUUCCGCUGGGCAGUUCUAGUCGUUUCCGACAAUCCUAUCCAAGGCAUUCCAUUUGGCCUGGUCCCCCGUGCUUUCUUAGUUUUGUUCAAACCCCGUCGUAAACAUACCAGGCUGACAGUCCCCGUUAGUGCCGACAAUACUUCGACCACCAUUCAGGGAAGACAAUCGACAGCACGGAACUGUGCCGCAUUAUCAAGUUGGUCAUCAUACCCCUAUUCCCCUGAUUUGUUUUCACCCCGUCGUUGUGAAGUGUUGCGAAUACAAGCGGCGGUAAUCGAUCCAGACGCAACUGUCGUCCCCUCUGUGCUGGUUUUGGAUUCGUCACAAGGACCUAAAUUGAGAACCUACAGACUCACACGCUAUCCAGCCUUUACGUGCGACAAGAAACAACGACGCUUCUCGACCACACCAAGGUGGCGAUGCGUGAUGGAGUCAACUACAACACCAUCACUGAUUUCGAAAACAAGAUCGGAACUGAUGCACUCAUUGCGUACUCUGUGGCCUUUCCAUUGGUCUGCCACAAAGUGCCGUACGAAAUUUGCAGAACGCAUUGGGAAAUACACUCCUCAAAGCCGAUCACGUGCUCCUGUGUUGAUGAGAUCCCCAACCAACAGAGGCCCGUGGGACGUCUGGUAUCCUCUUCUGGAACUAUUCCACGACCCACAACCUCAGGAGAAGCUCAAAAGCGAACAACCCCCGAUCUAAUCGUCCCCAUCGCUACGUACUUUCGCACAUGAAAAGAUGCCUUUCCCACCACAGUCGACUAAAUGACUGUGAUUGUCGGUUCAGAUGAGACGGGUGUACCCCUUUGCAUUUCAGUGUGAAUACACCCAGCGUGCUGUUUUGUUGGAUGCACGAGCUGCCACAGAUAUUAUGGGAAAUUUUCUUAUUUCAGUUAAUUUUUUCUAUCCUUUUAUCAUAUCGAAUCAUACGUUCCUGUCACAAUACUCUGUUUGUGUUUCUCUUGUUCAAUACUUCAGAGUUCCAUUUCUUAUGCAACACCUAUGUUGCUUCCGUUUGUGAAUAACGUGACCAGAGAGAACACAGUAACAACAAAACUCAUCGAUUUUUCACACACUGUAAAAUGUCCGAUACAAUCAACCAGUUUUGAUGAAAAAAUCACCCUUAGCUGGUCGGAAAGCGCCAGACAUAGAAGUGAUCGCGUCGAAGUCUACACGUUCCUGGAUUUUCACAGACUUCACGUUCUCUUCGUGCUUGUUCACCAAAACAAGUGGUCCAUUUGGAUCUCCAGGACUGCUCGGUGGGCAUUCGGUCCAUCCGUUUUGUUUGAUCAACUGCUUUAGCUCGGCCUCAGACAUAUCCAAUAGGCGAAUUAACAGGGAUUUAUGAAUGCGUUGAUACGUUUGGCACACUAUUUGAACAAUGACUGAAGGGAAGGGAAGCAUCAAAUUCGAGAUGAGAGGCAGUUGGAAUGGUUUGACGAAGAAGUCUCAAGUAAACGUCAAUAAGUCACUCAGAAAUGGUAGUUCGGUGGUGAUACAAUU